AUGAGUCAGUAUUUGCCUAUUGGAAAUUAUAAAUGGGAGGUAAGUCGUAAAUAUCUUGAGGAUAAUCCAAAUGAGCAAAAGAAAUAUCUUAAAAAGAUUCUUAAUACUAAAGCAGAUGCUAAAAAAGGAUAUUUUCUAAAGAUUAAUACACAUUUUCCUCUAAAAACUCAUAACUAUUUAAGUGAUUUACCCCCAGCUGUAGAGAAUAUAGCUGUAAGUAAAGAUAUGUUGUAUUCUUAUACUACAGAGCUUGUAGAUAACUUAGAUAGUAAAUGUUUCUCAGCUACAGAAAAAUUAGUACCUCAUCUUGCUAUGAAUAAUGAGCAAGAUGAAAAGAAAUUUAUUAAUCAGAUCCGUAAACCCUCUUUUAAAUAUGCUAGACAGCUUGGAAAUACACUUGUUGGGGGUACAUAUAGAAAAGCUAGUGUAACUCUUAACAAGCCUAUUAUUGUCAGAGCAUCAGUUCUUGGCCUUAGCAAACUUUUAAUGUAUCACUUCUGGUAUGGGUAUGUAAAAGAAAGAUAUGGUGAUAAUGCCCAGCUUGGAUAUAAGGAUACAGACUUAUAUUUAUUUCAAGCUAAGACUGAGGAUAUCUAUAAAGACAUGGCAGAGUGA